AUGACAACAAAGAUGAAAACAGAACGUGAUCUAAAGCUCCUUGUAAGCUUUAUAGCUAUGGUGUUCGUAGGACUUGGCAAUAAAAUCUUUCAAAAACUCCAGACUAUCCCGAUGCACAACUACCCGACGUUUCUCAAUCUACUUACUACGUUUGUCUACAUUCCCAUCAGUUUUGCAUACAUUUUACCGAUGAUCAAGUAUGGUAAUGCAAUCACGUGGGAUCAACGCAGUAUUCCUAAGCGAAAGUUUGCCGUCAUGGGAGGACUUGAUUCGAUUGCUGGCAUCUUGCAAGUAUUUGCAGCGACCUAUUUGGGUGGCUCACUUCUUAUUUUAUUGGGCCAGGCUGCAAUCCCCAUUUCAAUGCUGAUUUCGAGCCUAUUGUUGAAAGCCAAGUACUCAAGCUAUCAAUAUGUGGGUGCGGUGGUUGUUUCGUUGGGUUUACUCAUUGUGCUGGGUUCAGGGGAUUCAAGUAGCCACACUGGCACCAGUUCACACAUGUUGGUGCUGUGGUCCAUCGUCAUGAUCUUUAGUUGCGUUCCUAUGUGUCUGUCUAGCGUUUACAAGGAAAAGGCUCUUGGCGAGACUGAGCUUGACGCUGUCUAUUUGAAUGGCUGGAUUGCAGUGUUUCAGUUCCUGUUUGCAAUUCCCUUGACAUUUCCUGCGGCCAUGGUAGGAGAUCAUCCAGUUAGCCCGAGUGAGCUACCAGAAAAUCUAUACGAUGGCUUGAUGUGCUACAUGGGACAAAACACAAUUACCGAUGGUGCUCACAAGGACGAUUGUGAAAAGGCGACCAUAUAUGUGACAGCAUAUUUACUGUUUAACGUGGCUUACAAUCUGUUAAUCAUCCUGAUUCUAAAGUUUGGUAGUGCUAACAUAUUAUGGCUGGCCAUGACGAUUAUGGUUCCUCUUGGUAAUGUCGCGUUUACAUUCCCGUUCAUGCCGGAACACCAGCCAUUGCACGCAAAAGAUAUUACAGGCUUGGUUUUUAUAAUGCUAGGACUCUUUGUGUACCGUUUCAUGGGCGAAAUGACCAACUCGUGGCACAAGCCUCAACCUAUUCAUGCAGGUACGGCAGUCGAUGAACUCAAGCAACCACUCAUCAGCAGUGACAUUGAUAACAGCGAUGAUCUGAAUCGAGAUGUGUAG